AAACCAGUUUGCCUACCGUUUGCAUUAGUGAUGCUUGUGGAUUUAGAAUCAAUUACGAGAAUAAAUUUAUUUCAAAUUUUUUGGAAAACGUUUAUUUUAUUUCUAAACUUAGUAUAUUUUAUUUGCCAAUCACAAAUUUACAUGCUAAACUAAGCUAGGCUUCUUUUAAUAAUAAUUAAAAAUAAACUAAACUAACAAAAUAUUUCAUUUCGAAAGUUUGUCUCGAUGGUGACUAGGGACUGAUAGAGGUGUUUCUCACGAUUCAAUAUUUAGGAUCGUGUUCAGUGUUACUUAAAAAGUGAUAAAAGAUUUCACCAAAAAUAUAUAGUGGUAAUAAUUAGUAAGUUUGCUAUUUAAAAACAACAGUGGAAAUUAAUACGUAGCCUUUGCACAGUUCAGUGAUCACCGUGUGACUUUGCGGCGAGAUCGUCAAGCAAACAUGCAAAGUCACUCAAUCUGAAAUACGAUGAACCGAUCCUGAUGUUUUCUAGAGCAUUUCAUGAGGUUGGCUGAGUCAUGCAGCCAUGGCCAGUGGAAAGAUACUGUAUUCGAUAGCGGUAGUUGUACUCGGCUUCAUAUGCUUUGUUGUCGGAGCUGUUGCUGUAGGGCUACCUGCUUGGGGAUAUUUCUUUAGUUAUGAUUCUGACCAACGAUACUCUCCACAGUCUUAUUUUUUGGAGAAUCCAAACUUCGACCAAGGCUACUUCGGACCAUGGCGUGUUUGCAAGAAGUUGCUCUACAACAGGGAGAAAUGUGGGACGGACGUUUCGAAGUUCCGACCGUCAACUGCCGUUUACAUUUCGGGAGUGGUCGCAGUAGUAGGCGUGACGAUCCUGGGGAUCUUCUGCAUACUGUCAGUGCUUCAGCUAGCGAUGAUCUCGUCAAAAGAACGUGUCGCCAUGAAGUACACCCACCUGGUUAUGAUGAAGCUUUCUUUAGCUCUGUUGGCAACAUUACUGUCAAUAGCGGCAGCCGGUCUGUUCGCCGUCCAAGGCGAUGACAGGGGUUUCUAUUUGAAGAGAGGAGAGGCGUUUUACGUCCAGAUAGUAUGCAUAGUAAUUAAUUCAGUGCUGUUCAUAAUGUCGUUGUACGACACCCUGUUCUCAAGAAGAGUUGGAGGAGAUCCCACGAAUCCCCUGGGCGAACCUGACAGUACGACCAUCAACAACCCCGGCUUCAAAGAUGGAAGAGGGAUAUCGAUGACGGACGCUUCCGGUAAGCCGUACAGCACCAACGGCCACGGCAGCGUCGCCUCCAUGAAUACAACCGCCACAACGCUUACGGGGCUGUCGGAUGCCAGCACCAUCACCAGGUCGCCGCUGCGGUCCUCGCUGAAGAAGCCGCGACCAAGAGAAGGGGAACCGGGCGGCCUGGGUAUACAGAACCCAGGGUACUCGGGACAUUCGCCGCCCUUAAACAGGAACGGAAGCCAGAAGAAAGUGCGCAUCCAGACUCACAGCACCGAGGUAUGAAUCUUGGACCGCUCUGAUAUUAUCGACUGAACUAUUUUAAAUGUUUCCUCUUCUAUAUUAUUAUUAAAAUGCAAAUUUCUUGAGCGCCGUUCUCAUUCGAAACGAAAAAGCGACACUAGAAAGAGACAAAAGUCUACGACAGUAAACACGUGUGAGUGAAUGAGACAGAAUAUUUCUGAAGCUUUCACUUUUGCCGCGUGUGAACUAAAUACACGGUUUUUCUUUUACCUGUUGUUAUACGCUGCUAAUCUAGCAACCGGCUAACAAUCACCAUAGCAACGUAUAGGCAGGCAUCGCAAACAUGAAGACAUUUCUACGGUAGGCAGCGGUUUGGUUCUGCCCCUGACUUUGCUGAAGUCCAUGGGCGACGGUAACCAAUCACCAUCAGGUGGGCCGUAUGCUCGUCUGCCUACAAGGGCAAUAAAAAAACGGGUAUAAAUCUUUACCUAUCUCAAAAUAGGCAGUUUGUAUUCGCGAUUCGAUUAAUCGAUUUUUUUAAUAGUUUCAAUUUAAAAAAAAAACGUAUUUCGGAUAUAGCACAAAAAAUAUAUAGUUUAACAUGGUUGUUGCACUUUUGAACGGUCAAUGUAUACAAAUUUACACUUAACAAUUAGUGAUUAGUUUGAUUUAGUAACAUAUAAGACUUGGAUAGUCUGUAGAAAUAAUAACUGCAAUAUUGAAAAAGAUUUUCAUCGUAAACAAAUACGAAUGAUCUCUCAACGCGGAAUAGUUUUAAUGAAAACAAAAAAUUUAUUAGUGCAAUUAUUGAUUUUAUGAAUAUAUUUAUUGUGUAUACAUACACGCUUUUAUAGAUUUAAAUACUAUUAUUAUAGAGUUUCAUUGUAAGUUUGCGAAUUAGAUCUUUCUGUAUAGUUUAUAAGAUUUAAAAUCGAAUAGAAAGGUUUUGCUUAAUUUUCGUAUUCGUUCGACGGGAUCUGCAAAUAGUUUAAAACCGUGUGAUUUGAAUAAAUUUCAAAAUCAAUAAUAUCUGUUGCUCGAAUCUAAGUCACAAUAGAAAAAUUAAAAGUAUUGUUGAAUUAUUUUUAACAAUAUAGUGAAAUAAGAAUUGGUAACAAAAAAAAACAUUCAGAAAUGAAAAUUACUAUAUUUGAAUUACGUACUGAAUACGUCAAAUUUGUGGAAUUUUGCAUUCCUAACAUUAAUAUAUAUAUGUAAAAAUAUACAUUUUUUACUAAACGAGAAAUUUACAUUUUCCUCGAAUUAAAAAAAAUGUUUCAUUUCAUUAAUAUAUUUUAUACAUUUUUAAAUUUAUUUUUUUAUAGAACAAAGUUCGUUUUGUUUUUUUUUUAUAUCUAAAUGUAUAUCUGUUUAGGACCAACUUAACGAACACUAAGUGUUGUGGAAACUGCUUCUUAAUGUAAUUAUGUACUGUGUCUUGUUGGAAACCCAUGCAUGCAAGAUGAUGGCAAAACAGUUUGUUACUUACCAAGAAUUUAUAAUAAAAAGUAAUACGUAAAAAAAAACCUUAUAAUUUGAAUAUCAAUUGGGUUUUCCAAAUGAUAUUCUAAUAAUAACAUUUUUCUUUAUAAAAUAAAAUUAUUAUAAUUAAUAUUUUUAUAAAAUAAACAACAACAAAAAAUACAUGGCGCGUAUGCUAGUAUAUACUAUUUUAAAAUACAAUAGUCGAAUGAUUACUUCAAAGUCGUGACAUUAAUCGUAAAGGAAGCUAUUGGUAGGUCGCAGGUGAGUCUGCCUGGGUAGGUGUGACAACCUGCUUCUUGUACCUCACAGAAGUCAUCCGUUUCUAUUGCAAUGACGGACACAAGACGAUUCAAUCUAUGGGCUCGCGUGACCACUUAACAACGACCGUGCUGAGAGCUCCUCCCUCAGCUUUUUAAAAGGUCUCUAAUAAGGGAACAUAUGUAUAUAUCAUUGAUUAUUGACUGUGCAUAUACACUUAGCCAGCUCUGCGCUGUGUUAUAGCUGAAGUAAUGGGAAAGCGAGAUAAAAUCCUAUGUGCAUUAUCAUAGGACUAGACGUGAAAUAAAACUAUAUCGUAACGAUCAGGUGACACUAUCGGCCGGAGAACUCGAUAACCAUUUCCUACUAUAUUCGUUACCAAAUACUUUGACUUUAAUUAAGUGAACCACUGUCUUGAGUUAUUUAUGCACAUUUACUUAUUUAAAUACAAUAAAUAAAACAUGUACAUGAAAAUAGUAGCAAUAACAUGAAUUUGUCCAAUUUAACUGUACAGGUAAAAAAGAACUAGAUAUUAAUGUAUGUGUUUUUAUAAAUCAAUUUUAAUCUUAUAUAUAGAAGCUUAAUAAUGUGGUUAACGCGAUUCUCCUUUUUACCAGGUUUAUUACAUUAUAUAGCUAUUAUUCUAUACAUGUCUACAUUAUUUAAGAAACUAAAAUUUGAGGAUUUCAAUUUACUUAGUUGCAACAUUUAUGUGGAGAUUUACCUUAUGCUAUGUUUCGAUAAUAAAUAAGUUCUUAUUUUCAAAAAAAGAGAUUGUAUACAUUCUACAUUUAAAAAAAAAACCUUUUUUUGUACACAUUUUUUAUUACUAUAUUAUAUUUUUAUGUUUUUUACAUAAAUUUAUGAUGAAAUGUAACAUAAAUGAUUAGAUACAAAGGACUAUUUUAUUUUUCUCUCGGCACACCAGAUGUUAGCGAUUCACGCAGCCGUCCGUCUGUCAAUACUUUUGUUCUGAUAAAUAAUCUCAUCGGGAUAUUUUUUUAAAAACUUAAUUAUGUUUUGGUUACCAUUUGCCAGAAGUAAAUAAGAAAAAUAUGUUGAAAGACUAAUAAAAAGAAAUGACAGGUAAACAGGUCUAGCUUAAUCACUUCUCAUCUAAAUAUAAUAUUCUUGGUCUAUAAAAUUUUGCUGUCAUAUUUUUAUUAAAAGUGUAUUGUUAUAUAGUCAUUAUACGAGUAUAAACCUUGGUAAUGCUUCUGUUUUUGUUAUGCCUGUUUUUAAUUUUGUAAAUAAGGAAUUGUUUGACAGCCCACCAGGUGUUAAUUGUAAUUUUAUAACGUUAAGGAAAUGUUUUUGUUUGUAAUUUGAAAAUUUGAUACUGUUAUGAAAUAUCAAUAAAAAUACAGAUUAUAAUUAAAUAUUUUUUAAGGUUUGAAAUGCUAUAUACAGAAAUAAAUUUUCGCAAAUCCAGUUAAAUGACGAACAUUACAAUAUGAGUUGUUAAAGUUGAAAAGUUAGUUAAAAAUUCGUAAGCAUAAUAAAAAAAAUAUUCUAUAAAUAUUAUAUAAAAUCGAAGAGGUGGUAUAAGACUUUAUAUUGCAUACAAAAGGGUGAAGGAAAAAAUGCUUUUUUAUUGAAUUUACAUUUCAGGACACGUGUUGAAUUUAAAAAUAACAUUUUUUAUUUUAUUUUAAAUUUAAUAUUUUAUGGGGUUUUUAAUAGAAAAGACUUAAUUUUUAUUCUCUUGAUGAAUAUGUCCCUUCUUGGUCCAAAAAGCCUUUGUAUAUUCUAAACUAAAAUAUUAUGUGCCUUACAAAUUUAAUUUAUUUUAUAAUAAUAAUGAGGUGUUAAAUUUACGUUAGCAAAUACGUUAUGAAUAUUAUUUUUAUCCGUCCACUGUCUGGUCUUAAUUUAACUUUGGAGAAGAAAUUUAGAAAUAAGUUCUUGACUUUGUAUCUAUUGUGAUCUUUUAGGAUGUAUCAUUGUUAUUCAAUUUUGAUUAUUCAGAAAUAAGCUCAUUUUCGAUUUUAAUGGAAGUUUUUGUUUGAUGAUGUGAAAAGGUUCCCAAAACGUGAGGGAAGUUCUUAACAAUACAUUUAACUGUUUAAGUCAUUUGUAUUGUAUACACGAUUUUAUAUAUUAUAUGGAUGCAUGAAACAUCAGCGAAAAAAAUAAUACUGAAAAAUAAUUCAUUUUCGACGGUUCUUUUAUUGUAUAACUGGACUUUUGCUGAACAUAGAUACAUUAUCAGUUUUUUUUUAUAUAAAACCUCUAAAACCUAUAGGUGUAAGUUUUGUUAUUUUAUUAUUACAUUCCGACAAAAAUCUUAAUAGAAGCUGUUAUAUUUUUGUAAAUAUUUGUGUACCUACCAUAUAAAAUGUAUUUAAACUAUUUACUCACAUUAUGUGCCUUCAGUUUUUUUUUUUGUUGCUAAGCAAUACAUUUUGCAAUACUAAAAA